UAUUAGUCUACUCGAAUUUUCUCAUCCUUGGAACUCUAUAAAAAUGGAGGCAUCGCCCUUGAGCUUCUUAUAGAGAGGAAAAGGCUCGAAGAAACCCUAGAGAAAGUGAUAUUGAGGCUGUUUGUAGAAGUUAGAUGGCUUCAAAGAGGAUUCUCAAGGAGUUGAAGGACCUGCAGAAGGAUCCGCCAACAUCAUGUAGCGCAGGUCCUGUAGCCGAGGACAUGUUCCAUUGGCAAGCGACCAUUAUGGGGCCUGCUGAUAGUCCCUUUGCAGGUGGUGUGUUUCUAGUUUCAAUUCACUUUCCACCAGAUUACCCAUUUAAACCUCCAAAGGUCUCUUUCCGCACCAAGGUUUUUCAUCCAAACAUUAAUAGUAAUGGGAGCAUCUGCCUGGACAUCCUCAAGGAACAGUGGAGUCCUGCCCUGACCAUAUCCAAGGUUCUCUUAUCAAUCUGCUCACUUCUAACGGACCCAAACCCGGAUGAUCCGUUGGUGCCUGAGAUCGCACACAUGUACAAGACUGACAGAGCGAAAUAUGAGUCCACUGCUCGCUCCUGGACUCAGAAGUAUGCCAUGGGGUAGAGAGAAAGAAGGCCCUGAUCUGAUGGCUUCUAGUUUUAAUUUAUUAUGAAUGCAUAUAUAAUUUUGUCUAGUGUUUUUUUCUGUUAGAUGGUAUCAACUAUAUAUAUAUUAUUAUGGUGACUAAAAACUGGUAAUUAUGUUGUGGCUUUUGUUUGCAAUGUCUCUGAAAAUAACCUUCUGGCUGCAUCAGACUUUUUGCAGUUUAAUUUGUCCUGUGAAUAGCCA